AUGGAGGUCAAAGGUCUCAUGGCCUGCAUCAUCCUCGCCGACGGCAGCCGUGUCGACUCUGCCAAAGUGAUUGGCAACGAUGCCGACGGCUUCGUGGUUCGUUAUGAAGAUCACGUUUUGAAGAUCCCAAGCCUUCUCGGAGAAAUACAGCCGAGUGGUGAGAUCGAGGCUCAUGGCGAAUCCCUGGAGGCCGAGAAGGAGGUCUACAGGCGAUUGCAAAAUGUUUCCGGCGUUGCUGAGUGCCUCGGAUAUGUUAUUGCUCGUUGCCAUGAGAGUGGAGUUCUGGUCUUAGACAUCGCUCUGCGCAACUUUCUGCUUACGGACGAGUUUGAUCUUCGCAUCGUCGACUUUGCAAACAGCUCGCUGGUCUCGCGAGAAGCGGACAUCACAAAGACCAACAUAAACGGAAAUUCUCCUGCUGUAAUGUGGGCGGACGCUUCGCCGGCACUUACUGUGGCACUUGCCCAGGUGGCUACGUGA